AUGCCUUUCCUUAAGGACUUGAAAAUCGAACGUGUCGAAGGUGAACUAGCGAUCACGCUGUCUAAGUUGUAUCCGGAACGCGUCAGAGGUUUCGUUAAGAUCGGCGAGAAGAAAUGGUUUCUAUCAUACAAAUUUGUCGAGCAAGGCGAUAAAAUACUUAACUUUGAGACUCGUCCCGAUGACACGUGGAUUAUUACCUAUCCUAGAUCAGGUACAACGUUGACACAGGAACUCAUAUGGUUGGUAGGGAACGAUAUGAAUUUUGACGAGGCGUAUCGAAAGCCUUUAACAGAGAGAGUCCCCUUUAUAGAUAUAAGCUUAAUAAGAGAAGAUGAGUUAUUAGCGAGCAGCACUUCCAACGAGCAAAAAAUAACAAAAUAUAGCGUCGAGUUUGUACAAAAUCAACCCUCACCGCGUUUUGUCAAAAGUCAUUUUCCUCUCGAUUUAUGGCCAACAGUUGUAAAUAAUGAUUGCAAGAUCAUCUAUGUCGCGAGAAAUCCAAAAGAUGUGGUGGUCUCAUGGUAUAAUUUGCUGAGAGACCUCAAUCAGUAUCAAGGCAACUUCGAGCAGAUGUGUAAUGAUUUUAUAAACAAUCAUACAAUGUGGGCGCCAUAUUGGGAGCAUGUCAAAUCAGCUUGGGCAAUUAGACAUAAACCAAACAUUUUGUUUCUUUUCUAUGAAGAUUUAACAAAAAAUUUAAGCGAAAACAUCAAGAAAGUUGCCACGUUUUAUGGCAAAACCUACAACAACGAACAAAUCGCUAAGUUAACAGAGCAUUUGAAUAUUGAAAACUUCCGCAAAAAUUCUAUGGUAAAUCAAUUGGAACAAGCUGGUCGAAUAAAACCCGAAUCAUUUAUCCGGCAAGGAAAGACAGGCAAUUGGAAAGAAAUAUUCACGCCGGAGCUCGAGAAGAAAUUUAAUGAGUGGAUCGUCGAUAAUUUGAAAGACACGGAUUUGGUUUUUCCUAAUUAAAUUUUUGCCAUACGAUAUUUAUUAGCACAAACAAUAAUUCCACAUAUUUUGUUA